AUGGAAUACCAAUCUAGCGGUCGUGGAUGCUUCAACUGUGGCGAAUCCUCUCAUCAGGCACGAGAUUGCCCCAAGAAGGGAACUCCCACAUGUUACAACUGCGGUGGACAGGGACACGUCAGUCGUGAGUGUACCCAGCCUCCCAAGGAGAAGUCUUGCUACCGAUGCGGUAUGACCGGUCACAUCUCCCGUGAAUGCCCAUCCAGCGGUUCCGGCGACAACAACUACUCCGGCGGCGGCUAUUCUGGCGGAUCUGGUGGCCAGGAAUGCUACAAGUGCGGCCAGGUCGGCCACAUUGCUCGUAAUUGCAGUCAGCAAGGCGGCUCCGGAUACGGCGGCGGCUACGGCAACAGCGGCAGCGGCUCGUACGGCGGCGGCAGCUACGGUGGCCGCUCGCAGACCUGCUACUCCUGCGGCGGAUACGGCCAUAUGGCCCGUGACUGCACCCAAGGACAGAAAUGCUACAACUGCGGUGAAGUUGGCCACGUCUCAAGAGACUGCCCAACUGAGGCCAAGGGUGAGCGUGUCUGCUACAAGUGCAAGCAGGCCGGUCACGUCCAGGCCGCUUGUCCCAACUAA